CUCACAUUACCUCCCGACGACGCUGAUCAACAGCAUUCACCCUCCCUAACCGCCAAGACCGGCCGCUUCAUGGCCACGACUACCGCUCGGAUACAGUCUUUGGUAGUGGGACUUCUGAGUCCCAUACGUGCCAUGAACUGGAAACAACGGAUCUUCUUCGCGUUGUUCUUUGGUACGGCAGCGACGUUGACCGUCUCGUUCUUGGUCUGGAAUAAGGAGAUCUUGGCAUUUAUCGAGCCUUAUGGACAGCGAAUCAGAGAGCACCCUUUCGGCUGGAUCAUCCCAUUCGUAUUAAUCGUGAUCGCGUCAUUUCCCCCACUCCUCGGCUUCUCCUCAACCCUAACCUUCGCCGGCUUCCUCUACGGCUUCCCCUAUGCUUGGUUCCUCGUCGUCCCCGCCCUAACCCUCGGCUCAACCCUCGCAUUCCUCAUCUGUCGUGCGUUCUUCCGAAACUGGAUGACCAAACAGGCGGGGAGCGAUAGGAGGUUCAUGGCGCUUUGUGCGGUGUUGGAACAUGAGGGGUUGAGAUUGUUGUGUUUGAUCCGGUGGUGUCCAUUUCCGUUUAGUUUGAGUAAUGGGGCGAUGAGUACCGUGCCGACCGUGUCCGCGAAACACUUUGCGAUCGCGACGCUGGUCUCCUCGCCCAAGUACCUCAUCCAUGUUUUCAUUGGGAGUAGGUUGGCGCAUUUGGCAGCGGAACCGGAGGCGGAUGAUAAGACGAAGAUGAUCAAUUACGCGUCCAUUGUGGUUGGGUCACUCAUGGGGUCGCUCACGGGGUAUAUUAUUUACAAGCGGACAUCGCACCGUGCGGCCGAGUUGGAGCAAGAAGCCAAGGCGAGGGCGGAUGUGGAGGGGAGGACUGUUGAGGAUGCGUAUAGAGAUUCUGUGGAUGGGGGUGUGGAGGGAGGUGAUGGGGCAAAUCCGUUUGUGGGGAGGUAUAGGGAUGAGGAGGAGAGUGUGGAAGGUGUCAGUCUCAGGACUAGCACCGAAGAUCCUGUGGAGGAUGAUAUGGUGUCGACGAGGGCAUAGAAGGAUACAGGGCUCACGCGACACUGGAGUUUGAUUGUUUGAGGUG